UCCACCUGAACACGUCAGACAGGCGGAAACAGAGCGAUCGGGAGGGGGCGAGGCUAAGAGAGUCACCUGCAGAGCUGAGCGCAGAGCGCAGAUACUCAGUGCAGGAGCGUCUGUCUCUCCAGCUCCUUUUUCGUUUGUUCAAAAUCGGUGGCAGGAAGUCAGGCAGGAACUUCAUUUAUGGAAACUGUUACCUUCUUCUAACUUUUGGACACAGCAAACUGCGAAACUUGUUUUUAUUGUUUUGCAAAUCUUUUCUGAUAUAAUUUCUCACCAUCUGUCUGGGGAUUUAUUUUAGUUUUAUUUAUCAAGGGCAGAGUUGAGUUGAGUGUUUUGGUGGAUUUGUUUGAAUCUCUCCAGUAGAAUGAGUUUGACACAGCUGCUAAUGGUUGUGCUCUGUGCAGCGACCUGUGUCCACUGUGCUGCUGCUCCGCCUGCUGCAGGCUGUGAGGGAGACGAGUGCAGCACGGGCCAGACCUCCCCUCCACCCUCCUCCUCUUUAUCACCAUCUUUAUCUUCUUCUGUGGUGGUGAAGUCCCAGCAGCCCUCCCAGGAAUUCCUGGGCCAGUUUACCCAGGUGAGCUCACCAAACAGUGGGGACCGUAAACACCGCGACGCCAGCGCCGUCCUGCCCUUCAUCGGCCUCACUGGCAGUGCUGAGCAGAGUCGGAGUUGUUGUAAGAACGGAGGAACCUGUAUCCUGGGCAGCUUCUGCGCCUGCCCUCCGUUCUUCACAGGGAGGAGCUGCGAGUACGACCAACGCGUCAGGAGCUGUGGUUCGAUUCUUCACGGUGAGUGGGUUCAGAAAGGAUGCUCCUACUGUCGCUGUGGUUACGGCGUUCUCCACUGCUUCCCUCAUGUCUUCCAUAAAGACUGUGAUGACUCGGAGGAGGUGCAUUGGUUUCACUCUUCAGCUUUCAGGACAGUCCACCCCGCCUGCUUCCUGUAUCUGAUGCUGCUUCUUCCCCUGCUUCUCAUCUGAGGAGUUUUCUUUUUUUGAAUGUACGCUGUACAUGGAUGUGGACUAUGCAAUAUUUCUCGAGCUGCUUCUUCAGGACUAAAUAUUUUCAAACGCAGAGCUUUAUAAUCCUUCAAAGAAAAUUGUAUUUUGUCAAAAUGCAAGUGGAAGAGUAAAAUAUUGUUUGAAAACUGGAAAUCAGGAAUUGUUCCUUCCUGAGUGAAGACAUCCUACUUUCAAGUGUUAUUAAAAACAGAUCAUGUGGAGUUUAAAUGUGCAGUUUGACUGUGUGCUGUGGUUCUUACAGGAGCUCUGCUGCACACUGAGCUCAAAUGUGUGGAUCUGUGUGAUAACUGAAUGGACCACUUGGCCAACUUAACAUUUUCAAGAAUUCACUAAACUCCAAAUUGACUGAGUUUCUUGAAACAAGGAAGACUGUUGUAUCUGAACUAGUUCCAGUUUCCUCGUGUCUCAAGAAAUGUUUAGGAAAUGGUGUAAAUAUCUUUAAAAUAUCUCUUCACUGGCAGAUUCGAACAUUUUAGCAUUCAAUUCUGAAUCCAAUGAUCCUCUGUGUCUUUUAAAACAAAGUGACUCAUCAGUUUUUAAGCGACUGAAGUUCAAACUGUGUUAACUAAACCUCCCCUUCCAGUGGAAGGUAGUCUGUGUGUCUGUGGUGCCUUGAAGAACAAAGUGUAAUUGAAGGAAGCUGUACAUAAGAUUUUUAUGAAAAGUAUGUUUUUUUUUUUGUAGAUUUAGGCUCUGUAGCUUUAUGUGAAAUGUUUCUUUGUAAAGGAAGACACUUUCUGUUUUUUAGCUUUGUCUUCUGUCUGUUUGCACAAACUGUGAGUAGAUGUGACAUUAUGUCCUUUUGCAUAUAUACUUAUUGAUUAUGUGUUAGUUGCACAUGUCUCGUGUUUGUGUUGUGAGAGUCUGUCCCUGGAAAAAACGCAUCAUUAAACAAAUGUGACCCUGA